CGAGCAUCUCUGCCGUCCUGUCUUCAGCGCCCCACAGUCCUCCCUGCUCCCCUCACCAGCCCGGAUCUGCGACCGUAACACACACACACACACAAACACACGCACACACACAGGGACUCUGAGGAGGGAAACAGGCAGAGUUCAUGAAUGUAACUCCGGUCUGUCCACAACACUGCGCCGUUUAACCUGGAUAAGUCCGUCCCGACGAGAGGAAGACAGCGGCUACCCGAGUGGAGUGUCGACGCACGCACGCGACUGGGAAGGAAGAACAGAGAAGAAUAUGAUUGUCAAGCAGCACUUGGUCUUCAUCCUUUACAGCCUCUGCGCAAGCGUCUUUAAAGUGGCUGGGACAAAAAGCAAAGCGAAAGGUAGCCAAGGUCAGUUCCCCAUCACUCAGAAUGUGACGGUGGUGGAGGGGGCCGCAGCCAACAUGACCUGUCGUGUGGAUUACAAUGAUAACACUUCCCUCCAGUGGUCGAACCCUGCACAACAGACCCUGUUCUUCGGGGACAAGAAAGCUCUGAGAGACCACAGAAUCGAGCUGGUGCGAGCCACGUCGCAGGAGCUCACCAUCAAAAUCGGUGACGUCAGCCUGUCGGACGAGGGCCAGUACACCUGCUCGCUCUUCACCAUGCCUGUCAAGACCACCAAGGCCUUCCUCACUGUUCUGGGAGUACCGAGCCGGCCGGAGAUCACAGGAUUCACCAAGCCGGCCAUGGAGGGCGACGUGAUCACCCUGACGUGCACCACAUCCGGCAGCAAACCAGCCGCCCACAUCCGGUGGUUCCGAAACGACAAGGAGGUCCAAGGAACCAAGGAGCUGAACGCCACAGGUAAAUCUUUCACCGUCAGGAGCAGCCUCCAGUUGCAGGUGGACAAGCGGGACGACGGCGUGGCCUACACCUGCAGCGUGGAGCACGUGUCCCUGUCCAACCCCUACAUGACCACCGAGGUUCUGGAGGUCCACUAUGCUCCCCACCUGGACAUCGCACACUCAUUGCUCAUUCCACAAGAAGGGCAAUACUUCAAAUUGGAGUGUGUGUCCAUAGGCAACCCAAUACCUGAUUCGGUGUUGUGGUCCAAAGACGGAGGCGAGCUGCCCGACAUCGAGCGCAUGAUCGUGGAGGGGAGAGAACUCACCAUCACCACGCUCAACAAAACAGACAACGGCACAUACCGCUGCGAGGCGAGCAACCACCUGGGGACCAGCAGCGCCGAGUACACACUGUUUGUCUACGCCAAAGACUUCCCAGGGCCCACGACAGAUCCUAAUGCUCUGGGACAACACGGACCGGACCACGCUUUAAUCGGCGGCGUCGUUGCAGUCGUGGUCUUCAUCACCUUGUGCUUGAUAAUAGUUCUCGGGCGAUAUCUGGCCAGACAUAAAGGGACGUAUCUAACGCACGAGGCCAAAGGAGCGGAGGACGCCCCCGACGCCGACACAGCCAUCAUCAACGCCGAGGGGAACCACGUGCACGCAGAGGAGAAGAAGGAGUACUUCAUCUAGACUUCACUCUUCUCCCUCGUUUCAUGACGACGUGUGACAGCAGACAUGCAAUUUGUACUUGCCUCAGCAUCACUGUCUGUUUUUACUUAAUUCCACAUUCUUUUUUUUCCCCGUGCUCAUGCUCUGAUUUGCUGGUUUUGUAAGCAUCCGCUGGUAAUAAUCGCCUUCUCCUUUUGUAAAGCACUGUGCCCCAUGUGCAGUUGGAUCAUGUCCAUUUCAGUUUUUGCGGUGCCUCAUUGCUCUGUACACUUCUGGAAGGUUUUUCUUUAUUUUGUAAAAAUUCAGAAGCGACGAGAAAUGUGCUUCAGUUCAACUUUGGAGUCAAGAUUUAAAUUUUCGGGCUGUUUUUGGCUUUCACAACAGAUAAUGUAAAGUUCAUAGAUUUAUCAAACAUUGACAUCAGAUGCUUCUUUUUAGGGAUUGGAUGUUCCCGGGUGUUGCCUGGAGUUUUUACCCCCUCCACAGCCAUAUACUACACAUCUUUUUAAAACAACGUCACACAGCCGACCAGACACACAAACAAAAACGUAGAAGCACAAUCCAGUGCGAUUGUCUCCAGAUGAAAUCGACUCCCACUUCUCGCUGUCAAUGAUUUCUUUUCCAGCUUUUCUUUGUUUUGUUUUAUUACUCAUGCUGUUGAUUAUUGAGAACAAGUCAGAAAAUUAAAGCACAAAGUCUGAGGACUAACACAGAGAAGGGAAAACACAUCAACCGUCUCAGGAUUCAAUAUGAGUCGAGUCGGGGGGGGGGGGGGGGGUCAGACACGCGAUGAGGAACUUUAAUUUCGGUCGGUGAUUUGAUGUAACAUCCAAACCGAGCGAGUGGAACCUUGUGGGGGUUCAUUAUUUAUGUUGAAUUCUAUUGAACAACUAUGCUCAAUGUGUGGAUAUUGCUGUAAAAUACUUUGCCAGCGUGAAUAUUGGUGAACGAUAUUGUUGAAACUUGGGAUCCCUGACACAUUACAGUUUUGUAUAUUAGCAUACACAGUAGUUAAAGUAUUCCAUGAGUCUCCGAUCUUUUUCUUUCUCCACUCAUCUAAACAAGAGGUUGUUUUGUCGUGAGGUUUGUAAAUAAUGUGUAAGUAUUGGAUUUCAGUGAAAGGAAACCACUCUGGUUAUGGCUUUUCAUUUCAGGUCAUUUUGAUGAGAUUGUUUUUGUUUCUCGCACUUUUGAAGAUUUCUUCAAACAGGGAUUCUCAUCGCUUAAUUGCUUAAAAUGUAAAAAGAAAAGAAAAAAAUCUGGUCAGAAUAUAUGUAUUUAUUAUUAUGAUUGAUUGACAUUUAUUAUAUAAUGCUAUAUUGAUUGAUAUUAUUGCUGUUAUUACUAAAGUAGUUGUCCGACAUUAACUUUUCCAUUUUUUAAUUCUCAGACGUAUCAUGAAAAACAAUACAAGGAUCACCGUUAUGGCCUUUGAGUUUGCUGCAAACAGUACUAAUGACAUGUUGAGGCAUUGGUGAAUCAGACAUCCCCUCACUUGUAUAUAGUCACUGUAUCUAAGACAUUGAACCUCAUCGCCAAUGCUCAUACAUGUUAUUUUGUUAGUUCAAUAUGAUGCUAUAAAUAACUCAUUUUGUACAAAGUUUUAAUCGCUGUAAUUAAUUUGCUUUUUAUGGGGGAUGUGUGAGGUUUUUUGCUUUUUUCUCAGUAUUGAGUAUUCACUUUUCAACUAUGCCACUGUAAAAAAAAAGAAAAAAGAAAAAGAGAGACAAAGUGUGGAUUAAAAUAUGAACAAC